ACGAACUGGAAUAUUGGUGGAGGAAGUGCUACAAAUACGACGCAAAUGUUCGAUCCAGGGUAAAAAGUAUACGCAUUUGAGGUCAUGCCGCACUUCUGGGACUUUGGGAGAUCGCACAAACCGCCACGGAAUCUACAAGACGGUCUGUUCCAGAUUGCCUCGCAAACUUGUAGCUUGCUUGUACAGGUGAACAACACGAACAACAUCAGCUAUGGCAACAACUCGAGGACCAUGCACUUCAACAGCAUGUCUACCAGCGGACUGGGAGGGCAGUCUGGGGGUCUGGGAAGCGGCACUUCCAUGGGCAUGGGGGCAGGAGCGCGUAGCAGAACCCCCGGACCGUCUACCCGAGAUGGGGACAGGGAGCAGCUGUUGGUGCUCAUACCACCCACUACGUCUACUGGAGGCAUCGGGGAAAGGCAUUGUAAAUAUAAGCCGGGAGUGCUUGGAAGGCCUAGAUUAUCGACAGUUUUGGAGACACCUCCAUCAGUUCAUCCUGAGGACGAAGCUGAUGUUUGGAGUCAUGGAUAUCUAUCACCACCUGACCUGGAUGGUACACCUAAUAGGUGGUCAAAUAAAAACAAGUGGUGUAGGCCCUCCUGUAUACCCAUAUCAAUUAUAUGUAUCUUGAUCUUCCUAGUAGUUUUGUUGCCACUAUUAGAUCAUGCAGCUGAAAAAGCAUUGAUGGAGUUGAAUGCACCUUCAGAUGUGUGUCAAGCUAGUUGCAAGUUAUCAUUAAUAGAAAGCAUACCAGAGGGCUUAGUCUAUCCAAACGAUUCUGUAAUCCAUCCUUCCACUUUUGAUACAUGGUUAGAUUUGAUCAAUUCUGCACACGAAUCGAUAGAUAUUGCUUCAUUAUAUUGGACAUUGAGGCAGUCUGAGGUUUAUCCUGACCCAUCUUCCAUCAAGGGCGAGCAAAUAUUUCAAUCGCUAUUACGUGCUGGCACAGAGCGAGGCAUCAAGAUACGGGUGGCACAAAACAUGCCAUCUCAGAACUAUCCGAAUGUUGACACUGAGCUACUUAUGAAGAGAAAAGCUGCGAAAGUUCGUAGUGUCAACUUCAAUAAGCUAUUGGGAGGUGGAGUGUUACACACAAAGUUGUGGAUCGUUGAUCGGACUCACGUCUAUCUGGGCAGUGCUAACAUGGAUUGGAGGUCUUUGACUCAGGUGAAAGAAAUGGGUAUAUCCAUCAGAAAUUGCUCAUGUUUAGCCGAAGAUGUCCGAAAAAUCUUCGAGGUAUACUGGACUUUAGGCGAGGACGGUGCAAAGAUUCCAUCCAAUUGGCCUGCAACUUUGUAUACUAAAUACAAUCUCGACACGCCGAUGGACCUGAUAUACAACAACGAAACAUUCCAUGCUUUCUUUUCGAGCUCUCCUCCUCCUUUGAACCCACAUGGUCGAACCAACGACGUUGAAGCCUUAAAACAUGUUAUUCUCCACGCUGAGAAGUUUGUGUACAUAUCUGUUAUGGAUUAUAUCCCCCUUACCAUAUAUUCUCCAAAAAUCAGGUUUUGGCCAGAAAUUGACGAUGCCAUCAAAACCGCAGCAAUAGAACACAAAGUUAAGGUGAAAAUGCUAAUCAGUUGGUGGAACCAUUCUAGACCUGCUGAAGAUAAUUUUUUGAAAUCUCUGGCUAGUGUCAACAAUGCUUAUCCUAGAGUAUCAAUUGAGGUGAGACGCUUCAUCGUUCCAGCAACGAAGGACCAACAGAAGAUCCCGUUCGCCCGCGUGAACCACAAUAAAUACAUGGUAUCAGACACAACUGCCUUCAUAGGGACGUCCAACUGGUCAGGGGAUUAUUUCAUCGACACCGCGGGUAUCUCGUUCGUCCUCCAUGAUCCGGUCUUCGAGAGGACUGCCGACCACACAACCAUCCGCAGCGAGUUAGAGGAGGUGUUUGAGAGGGACUGGAACUCUCCGUAUGCUCAUUCCAUGGACUUCGCACAAGACGACCUGGAACAUUAACACUCGAACGUCUUAGUUGUGUUUGGAAACACCACCUGUCUGGGUUAUUAUGUAACUUGCAGCUCGUAUAAAUGGGUUCAUUGCUCAAGUUUCCAUUUUACGGUUAUUGGUUGCACCCCACCCUGUAUUAUGCAUUGCACUGAACAUCUGACAUUCAUUAAUGGCUCAUGUCUGAAUCGGUAAGAGAAAUUUAUUUUGUAAUGUGUAUAGUAUAGUCAUGUAAUAAUUCUACACUUUAGCUUCUUAUGCAGUAUUUUCUGUAUCAACUUUUUGGAUUUCAGCAUUGAUGUAGGAGAUUACUCUUCCAUUUUUUUCAGGCGAAGACGCUGUUUCUGUGGAUCGUUCCUUGUACUAUAAUAACUGCAAUGGAACUCACUGUAAUGUUAUAAAAUAUCACAACUUCCUGCCGAUUGUUGUUCAGACAGCUCAAUGAAUUCGAGUAUAUCUUCGAAAAUACAAUUGAAGUGUCCUUUCUAUUUACAUUUCACGUUUUCCUAAAAGUGCCUAUACUGCUGCUGUCUUACUGCUACUGAGACUUUUCUAACUGAGCACUUACCCAGUCUUCAUAAUCCUUGAAACCCUUCUAUUUAGACUGUUUUUACUUACGAUGGAUCUCAAGAAUUCUAAAUCAGUCUUGUCUACCCUUAUUGGUCUUUUUGAUAUCAACUAAUAGAUAAAAGCCUUAGCCGCCAUGAGACAUAACGUGUAAGUGAAAAGUAUUCUAAUGUAAAAAGGUGAUAGAAACAAUGUCCUGAGGUGUCAAGAACCCAAAUCAAUAAUUGUAGAUGAAAAAUGAAAAUUCAUACGAAUCAAUCCUGAUCGGAGAGAAAGUAGAAAUAUUUUACCACACGUUUGAGAAAUCAGAAUAAGUUUUUUUUAUGCUCCAACCACCUCGAAGGCCUAACGCCUAAAUGGGUACCGUGGGACUAUACGGGAAUACAGGAGAAAUGAGGGAACACGUGUGCAUGCAAUAUACACACAUUCUGGCCCCGCCUACGAGAUCCGGCGGGUGGUACCUUCGUGUUCGACAGUCGGAGACCGUCUACCACCUACGGACAAUCACAACAUCCAUAGCCAAGAGAAAAAUUCUCUCGGGACGGGAUUCGAACCCGCGCAGCGCAAUGCUACUGAUUAGUAGACCCAUAACGUCUACCAUUACGCCACCGCUGCUGCCUGCGUUGUGCAUGACAAUAAGUUCUGAAAUAAUGCGUUUCAAAAAACUAUAGACAAAUGACACAUAAAACGUGUGCAGAAUUGAGUGCGUAAACAAACAAUAGAUGGCAGGUUAGGUUAUAAAAUGGGGUGGGGCGCGAUGAGAGUUUUAUUGCAAUUGUAAUUUUUACCUUCCAAAUACGUGCUAAAAUAUAGCUGUUUCCUCCGAAUCUUCAUGCUACAAUGUUUAUCUUUUGUAUAUAAUCGCAUCUUUGUAUUAGAUGUAAGUACACUACAAAUAGACGCACUAAAAUUAUAUGAAAAUACGAACUUAGGUUAAUUGCACAUAUUUGUUUUUAGUGCUUGAUAUCCCUAAGUAAAAUCCACUUAUCAUUGUAUCAUGUGAAAAUAUUUUUAUACAUGUAAGUAGUUGAAUUUUUUGUCGAACCAGGAAAGAGUAAUUUAGGUGUAUUCUGUAUAUGUUUUCUGUAAUAUGUAUAUUUGCUCGUUGUAAUCAGCUACAAAACUUGAUGUGAUCUUUAUUAUAAUUAUAUAUGGUAUGUAUAUGGAAUAACCGUUCAUCUGCAAAAUGUUUUUAGAAUAUUUUUUUAUAUAUCUAUAUACAGAUGUCUUGUUGAAUUAUUUUGUUUUUUGAUGGUGGAACGUAUAAUAUCGGCGUCUCCUUUGCAUUGUUUUUGAAGUGUGC